UCUUUUUUUCUGGCUACAUUGUGUGGAUGGAAGAAGAACACGUUCGGUCAUUUCGGUCAUCAAAUUCUUCAGGGUUUGGGGUCCCAUACAGUUGAUGUGUUCUAGAAGUGUAUGAGCAUAUGAUUAGUAUAUUGAAAUUAAGUAUAAGGCAUAAGCGGAGAUGACAACACCCGAGAAUAAACCUCCAAGUACAGAGCCAGCAAGUAAGCCAACUCCUGUAACAAAGCCACAGACCACCAGCGUAUCACUAUCGAGCCUUCCAAAAAAACCAAAUUACAGUUUGAAAUUUACUCUAGCUGGUCAUACAAAAGCUGUUUCCUCUGUCAAGUUUAGUCCAAACGGAGAAUGGCUAGCAAGUUCGUCUGCUGAUAAACUCAUAAAAAUAUGGGGUGCAUAUGAUGGCAAGUUUGAGAAGACUAUUACAGGACAUAAACUGGGUAUAUCUGAUGUAGCAUGGUCGAGUGAUUCUAAGAUUAUUGUGUCUGCAUCUGAUGAUAAGACUUUAAAGAUUUGGGAAGUUAGUUCUGGUAAGUGUAUGAAGACGUUGAAAGGCCAUACAAACUACGUAUUUUGCUGCAACUUCAAUCCACAAUCGAACCUCAUAGUUUCUGGAUCGUUUGAUGAAAGUGUGCGAAUUUGGGAUGUGAAAACAGGCAAAUGUUUGAAGACAUUACCAGCUCAUUCGGACCCUGUAUCAGCAGUUGACUUUAACAGAGACGGUUCAUUGAUUGUGUCCAGUAGUUACGAUGGUUUGUGUCGUAUUUGGGACACUGCAUCUGGUCAGUGCUUGAAAACACUUAUAGAUGAUGAUAAUCCUCCAGUUUCUUACGUCAAAUUCUCACCCAAUGGCAAAUAUAUUUUGGCAGCUACAUUAGACAACACAUUGAAACUCUGGGACUACAGCAAAGGAAAAUGCUUGAAGACCUACUCAGGACACAAGAAUGAAAAGUAUUGUAUUUUCGCAAAUUUCUCAGUAACAGGAGGCAAGUGGAUAGUCUCAGGAUCAGAAGACAAUAUGGUAUAUAUAUGGAAUCUGCAGACCAAGGAAAUUGUACAGAAAUUACAGGGACACACAGAUGUUGUUCUCUGCACAACGUGUCACCCAACAGAGAAUAUAAUUGCAUCAGCCGCCCUCGAAAAUGACAAGACGAUUAAGAUGUGGCGAUCGGAUUGCUGAUCCAAGGAAGUUCUUUCCAGUAUAGUUAUACCAUGGAGGAGAUGGUUAUACUGCCCUCAAUGUUUAUUGCUAAUGUAGACACUUGUAAAAAAAAAAAAAACCAGGGACGGUGGUGUUCUGUAGAUACAUAAAUGUCAUUUUGAUAUCGUAAUACCGGUCGCAGAAUCAGUGCCACAGUUUUGUGCAAAGACAUUAUGCAUUACAAUACGACUUUACAUGCAGAAUAACAAUGUUGUAAUUAUUUACUGUCUAUCAAAUAUCAUGACUUGUAUAAAGGCAUGCAUGUUUUGGUUGCACUAAAACAUUCAAGUGCUAAGUUAGUAACCAUCCUUAUGCUCAAUUUUAACAGUUCCUUAAUGUGCUAUAAUCGCUGUCCACACUAUCAAAUUGUGACAUACCUAAAUAUGGUCAUUAGAUGACAUCACAAACUGACCAUAUAUAGGCACAUCAUGACUAUAUAUGGGCAUACAGCUGUUCUUUUUUUCAAAUAAAAUUUGAUAAUUUGGACAGGGCUUUAGAAAUCUAGGGUCUCACCAAAAAUGAGCAUUGAUCUGUUGGCCUGUAGAUAUUCCACAUAAGACAAUAUGCUAGAAUAUUGUAGUCAACACCUGAUUUAGUAGUAUUUAUAUAUUGAAAAAUUCAAUUGUUCUAAGGUGCUUAACAUUCAAUUUCCAUAAUUGUAGAUUAUCCACAUAAGACAAUAUGCAUUGCUAAAGUGCUGUAGUCAACACCUCUGAUUCAGUAGUAUUUAUAUAUUGAAAAAUUAAAUUGUUUUAAGGUGCUUAACCUCCAAUUUCCAUAAUUUCAUGCUGGGGUCCAGUGGUUGAAAACAAGUGGCCUUGGGCAUAAUGCUAUAGUCUAUAUACAAUUAUCUCACCCUUGACACAGAAUGAAUCACACACAAUGUGCAACUUCCUCCUUUCCAUUUGGGAUAACCCUAGUCUUCUCUAAUUCAGCACUGACCAGAAUUAUGUCUCAUCCUAUCAGGUACUCAUUUAUACUCCUGAGUAGAAGAAUCUGUGGCUGAAAGAGCCUUGCAAUGGUAACUGCAUUGGCUUGAACUUACUACUGAAGUGGUUGAAAGCUCAAAAACUUUAUUUAUUUAAUGAAGAAAGUUGUAUGUUGAUUAAAUUAAUUUUUCUUUUAAUGAAAAUAAUCAAUAUUAUAAUAAUACAAACAUUAAAGGUUGGAUUAAGGUGGCUGACCAUAUAGGUAUCUUAUCAUAGCUACCUACCUACCCACUUUAGGCCAAGCAGCCCAUAAGGCUAAAGGACACUCCAUUUUACAGUAUAUCUGGCUUCAUUUCACAAGACAUUCCCUGAAGCCUGGUUUCCAUAAAAUCGCUACAGUGAUUUGAGUGUAAUCAUUGUACUGCGUUAGUCCCCGAAGCAAUCAGGAAGGCUCUCCAAUUCGACCAAUCAAUCAGCUACACCGAAAGCUGUCACCGAUAGCAUGUAGCAAUUGUAUGGAAAGCAGGCUUUACCUUUUCCUCCUAACUCUAUUUUUACUUGUUUAUAUUAGGCUACGAAACUGACAACAUGUACUGUACAAAUAUAUUACAUUUUCAUAACAGUCCAGUAAAAUUUCUUUAAUUCUGUUAUUGCAGUUAAUAUCAUGGUCAUAGAUUUAAUAACCAGUCUAAAAUGCUACCCAAAUAUGAUGCGUGUUACAUGUGAAUGGGAUUGACAAAUCUAAACUUGAUGACGUAACAGUAUUUGUAAGGUUACAAGAACCGUAAACGUUUUUUGAAUGUUAUGGAGAAUGGACAUUUCUGCUAAGCCCUGUCCCUUGUACAGUAUUAUGGUUGCUAAUCUUUCACAAAACAAUAGGAAGCUUUCGAUUUGUGCGGCGACGCUAGAACGGAAUCGCUCAUGCGUGACCGUCCUACCUGGCGUUCUACGUUCUCUGCAUUCGUACAUUUGGCCAAAUUGCGUUCCAGAAUCUACUCGACAAGGUGACCUUAACGUUCUCGCAUGCGCGGAUGACUUUUAGUGACGUCAUUACGUUCUACGUCCUACCGUCGUCAUGCAAUUGAAAGCUCUCUAUUGUACGUUUAUGGGACAGCAUGUGUGCGUUCCUGGCAGCAGUGUUCUCCAAUUAGUCAGCUCUUAAGUUUGACUGAUACUCCAGAAAGGUCCAUACACUGAUUCGUUCCAAGAAUUGGUUCACAAUAAUAAAUGAUGCUGUAGUUUAAAAAAAAUAUAUACAUUUUAUUGUACUCCUUAUUUUAUUUCCCCGAAAUAAACCAACAAGUUGUCAUUCAGGACAAUUACUUGGUGUGCCUUAGGUGGUUCCAUUAUUUUUUAUGGGGUGUUUAUUUAAUAGAAUGAUAGCAAUUAGUAGGUUUAUCCAGUUUUCUUACUCACAAACUACCAAAAUCAAUGCUGAUUUGUGUUUUUUUUUCGAUGUAAAAAUAGUUUUAAAUGAAGUGUUAUUUCAUUUUGAUGUAUUAAAGCUAAAAUAAGUAAGUGAUUAUGUUCUGUAUAUGUAAUUUCUGUUUUUUUUUCAGACUGAGGUCCAUUCCAUAUGGUUCAACCCCUCCCCCACUGAAAAACCAAUGUAUUAUGGAGUAACAUCCCAUUGUCUUUGAAUUGUUUUAAUACCUCCGCCAAGAAGUUAUGUAUUCAUUACUGUCUGUUAACAUGAUUUUGCAAAACUGAUUAAAUUUUGAGGUGAAGAGGUCCCCUGGAGCAUGAAAGAAAGUUCAAAGUACAGUAGAUGAGCAAUCCAAA